CUUCAGGCAACAUGGAGGACACUGCGACCAACUGGCCAAACUCAGAUGAAAAUGAUGUUGAAACGUGUAUUUUCUGUUUAAUAGCGAACAAAAAAGACGAAAACACAAAGAUAAUAAAAGAGACUAAAGACCUGGUGUGUUUCAGCGACAUUUUCCCAGGUGCGCCUCACCACUACCUGGUUGUUCCCAGAGAGCACAUACUCAGCUGCUUCUCACUGCACAAAGGACACAUUGAUCUAGUUGAAAGAAUGGCUAAACUGGGGAAAGAUGUGCUCCACGACCAAGGGAUUACUGACAUGGCAGAUAUAAGGCUGGGGUUCCACCAGCCGCCCUUCAUUUCAGUAGGUCACCUCCACCUCCACGUGCUCGCCCCCGCCAGCCAGAUCUCAAAGUACAUGUUGUAUAAGUUCACUCCAAUGACUAACUCUUUUGUUACUGAAGAAGUUUUACGCAAGCGUCUUAAAAGUAUCUCCCCACCACUCCGGUGUCAUUAUUUAGAGAACUGAAAGUUAUUUCAGUGCAUCAAUUGUGCUCAGACUGGACUUUAGAUCACAGCAGGGAAACAAACAAAAAAAUCUCAGAAGAAUCGCUGAGGCAGAAUGAAGACUGGAGACACUUUUGAAAUGCCUUUGUAAUUGUUUAGACUGAUAUUUACCACUUUAAUAUUCAUGAGCAGUGGCUCACCUCUGCACGGGCCAGUGGAAUAUAGAAAAUUAACGGUCAGAUUUUAUCUAGAGUGUUUUGUACUGGUGCACUGUAACAGUGUCGUUUUUAAAUGAAUGCACGUGGGAAAUGAAUUGUACUUUUAUCAUAAGAAGAGACAAGAUUGAUUCCACUAAGUAUUUUUUAAAAUAAAAUUAUUUAUUUAAAUAACAUUAUUGAAAGUUUUCUGUUACUGACAGUCACUGUAAAGAAGAAAAAUGUGUGGAGAUACUGUUGCCUCUG